CUUCUGUUUACUACUCACAUUAUAACACUUCUCCUUCAACAAUGUCGAUCACUCCAGCUUUUGCUUUUCUACUCACAUUCUUCCUCGCUGUUGCUCUCGUCAAACCUCAACCCCUCCAGGGCUCGGUCCGUUGUCUCGACUGCCCUCUCAACUCCGAUCUCUCAGGACUUCAAGUUUUGGUGAAAUGUGACAAAGUGAAGAAGCUGGCCAUGGCCUACACCGAGGAAGACGGCGUCUUCACGACGGACCUUCCAUCGGACGGGACAGAGACGGCCACCGCAACUCCCUCCAACUGCAUGGCCAAGAUCAUGGGAGGGCCCCACCAGCUCUACAUAUCUAAUAAGGACUCCGUCGUUGCAAUUACCAGUGCCAAGGAAAAGGGAGGCCAUUUCACUACCGCCACACCCCUCACCUUCUACAAAGCAUGCCCUGCAAAGGGGAGGUGUGGAGGCAAAGACAAUGGAUUUGAUUCCUCCAAGACUGUGGAUGUGCCCUUGCCAAGAGAGUGGGGUCUAGCACCAUCUAGCUAUUACGUCCCAUUUAUCCCAAUAAUUGGGAUUCCUUAAUUAAUUACUAUUAUUAGUGUGUUUGUCAUAAUUAAGACAAGGAAACACAGGUUUGUUUGUUGUUUUCAUAUGUUUGUUUAUUUAAGUGCUUGAGUCAGAGAAAGACGAGUGUGUUUGAUUGUGUGUUAUAGAUAUGAUCAAUAAGUUUCUGUGCUGGUAGGACGUUUGUAGCUGCUUUUAUAAAGUGGUUUGCUUCUUCAA